AUGCCAAGCGGGUCGUCUUCCGAGACGGUGACCCCGACCGAGAGUCUACCCACAGAGACCUCGGCGCUUCUCCCAAAACCCUCGUCCACUGACCCGGCAGAGACAGAUGUCGCUGCCGAGACGGUGAAGCCCGGCCUCCCACCAUGGCGGUCAUGGCUGUCCGAGAUAUGGCUGCUGACCAAGGCGUCGGUCCCGGUGAUUUUGGCGUACAUGCUGCAGAACUCGCUGCAGACAAUAUCAGUCCUCGUCGUCGGCCGUCUGUCCCCAGAGGCGCUGGCCACCGCUGCCUUCUCUUACAUGUUCGCCAUGUCGACGGCAUGGCUCAUCGCGCUGGGUGGCACCACAGCGCUGGACACUCUGGCGUCCAGCAGUUUUACGGGGUCAACCAACAAGCAUGACCUGGGUAUCCUCCUGCAGAGGGGCCUCUUCGUGCUGUCGCUUUUCUACGUUAUCGUUGCGGUGAUUUGGUCUUUCUCCGAGCACAUCUUCCGUGCCCUGGGGCAGGAGGAGUACAUCUGCGUGCAGAGUGCUAUGUUCCUGCGCUGCCUGAUCCCAGGUGGGUUGGGAUAUGUAUGGUUUGAAGCAAUGAAGAAAUAUCUUCAGGCACAAGAAAUCUACCGCCCUGGCACCUACGUUCUGAUUAUCACUUCCCCCCUCAAUGCCUUGCUGAACUAUCUCUUCGUUCACGUCCUCGGCAUUGGCCUCUACGGCGCGCCAAUCGCCACAGGCAUAUCCUACUGGCUGUCCUUCCUCCUGCUCGUGGCCUACACGGUCUUUGUCAAGGGCCACGAGUGCUGGGGAGGCCUCGCACCGCGCAAAGCGCUCCAGCACCUGGGGCCAUUCGCACGGCUCGCGGCCCUGGGCGUCGUCCACGUCGGCACCGAGUGGUGGGCGUUCGAGAUCGUCGCCCUCGCGGCCGGGCGGCUGGGGACGAUCCCGCUCGCGGCGCAGAGCGUCAUCAUGACGGCGGACCAGGUCAUCAAUACGGUGCCCUUCGGGCUCGGCGUCGCCGCCUCGGCGCGCAUCGGCAACCUCCUCGGCGCUGCGAGGCCGGCCGACACGCGGCGCGCCGCCCACUGCGCCGCCGUCCUCAGCACGAUUCUGGGAGCGCUCAUCCUCGCCGUUCUCAUGGGGACCAAGGACGUCUUCGGCCGGAUCUUCAACGACGACGACAGGGUCGUCGAGCUGGUCUCGGAGGUGAUGCCGUUCGUGGCCCUGUUCCAGAUCGCGGACGGGCUGAACGGCUCGUGUGGCGGCGUCCUCAGGGGGAUGGGCCGGCAGUGGGUUGGCGCGUUGGUAAACAUUGUUAGUUACUACUGCGGUGCGCUGCCCGGUGGAAUUUACCUUGCCUUCCACGGCUGGGGCCUCGCAGGUCUCUGGAUUGGGCAGUGUGUUGCGUUGUACUUGGUGGGCAUACUAGAGUGGGUUAUUGUUGGUAUGAGCAACUGGGAAAAGGAGGUCAAGAGGGCCAGCGACAGGUUAGAGGCCGGGGGAGUCGGCACCCGCAGAGAUCAAGACGAAGACGACGGUGGUGCUUGA